AUGACCGAUACUCCUCCCGAUCCAGGAAAGAGUGGAGACAAGGAAAGGGGGAAGACCAGACCGGUGUCUCCCCCAACGCGGGAGGAAAUGCAGGUGGUGACGGCAACUAGCCGCAGCCAGGACACCACCAUCCCUAUGGAGGAGGAGCCGAAACAGCAGAGGGGGAAAAGAAGGAGGACGGCAAUGGAGGCGGCCCUCCCAAAGGCUUCAAUGGCGAAGGCUUCAACUGGAGAGGAGUCUGCGAUGCCAGAAAGGUCAGAUAAGGUAAGAAGGGUGAAGACCCCACCCCCAACCAUCCUAGAUGGAGAGUUGGAGGAUGCGCCACCCCCGACUCCCCCGGACACCCUCCCCCCCUCGUACUCCCGAGAGGAGGGGGAGGUGGAGAUAGGAAACCCCAAAGUAGGAACCUCCAUCGCACCAACAGAGGAAGUGGCUGACACCAUUCAGGCACCUGUAGAAGUAGCCGCCACUAUGGCCAAGGACCGCUCGGAGGAGACGGGGACGGCGUCAUCGCCGCCUGAGAUCCCUCCGAGUGGUACCGAGGGGGAACGCCCGGAGGAGGCGUGA